AUAAACACAUCAGGAACUUGUGGCAGCACUCGGACAGUUUCAGGCAUCUUUAAUAAACAGAGAUUACAGAGCUCUGAACUACAGAAUGGACAUCACUGUUAUCUGGAGUUUAUUACUCGUUGUUGCUGUUCAUGGAGUUUGGAGUGAGAUCAAACUGGAGCAGACUCCCUCUGAGGUGAAGCGAGCUGGAGAGACCGUGAGGAUGUCAUGUGUCAUAUCUGGGUUUGACAUGACGAGCUACUAUAUCCACUGGAUACGACAGAGACCAGGGAGAGCUCUGGAGUGGAUUGGGAGGAUGGACACAGGUUCAAACUCUGCUAGCUAUGCCAGCUCCUUCCAGAGUCGUUUCCCCAUGACUGAAGAUGUGCCCAGCAGCACUCAGUACCUCCAGGUUCAGAGCCUGACAGCUGAAGACUCUGCUGUUUACUACUGCGCUCGAGAACAUGGGGAUGCAUUUGACCUCUGGGGUAAGGGGACUACAGUCAUCGUUUCUUCAGGACCUGUGCCCACACCCACUCUCUAUCCUGUGGCUCAAUGCAACUCCCGGACUGGAAAUGAAAUCACUGUUGGUUGUUUGGCACAUGACUUCACCCCAUCGAGUACUUUCCAGUGGACCGAUGCCAGUGGGACCAGUUUAACCUCUGCACAAUACCCUGCAGCUGUUGGUGGCAACAAAUAUACAGGACUCAGUUUGGUUCAAGUGUCAAAAUCUGACUGGAGCUCAGGGAAGUCCUUCGAAUGUACUUUGACUUAUCCUGGAGACUCCAUGAAUGUGACAGUGAAGAAGCCCUCUCCUCCAGAGUUAACAGCGGCAUCAUUUACUGUCACCCUGAACCAACCCAGUCCCAAAGAACUGUUCACCAACAACCAGGCAAAACUGGAGUGCAUCGUUUCUGGACAAGACCGGACCGCUGUAAAUGACAAGAAAAUAACUUGGCAAAUUGAUGAACGCAUUGUGAAGGAGACCAUUGCUGAACAUUUACUGACAGAUGGUCAAUACAGCAAAAUCAGCACGCUGACUCUGAGUUACACAGAGUGGCAGAGUAUCAACAAAGUGCGUUGUUCUGCUGAAAGUGACGAUAUGGCACCAAUAAUUCAACACCUAACUGUCAAAAAAGCAGUUGGAAACAACCCAGAAGUGACCGUCCACAUCCUCCCAGAGGAGGACAUCAAUAACACAGGCAAGGUCACUCUGGUGUGUCUGGUCUCCAGUUCAGUACAGCGGGAUCACUACAUUGCCUGGACGGAGUCUAAGGGGCAAAAGAUUUCCAACUAUGAAGAUGGCAUUGACUUCCCCCUGCAGAAGAACCAGGGUGUCUACUUGGUAACAAGCAUUUACUACACAACCAAGAAGAAGUGGGACGACAACUACAUGUUUAACUGCAACGUCUGGCCUGCUGGCAGCAAAGGCCGCAUGGAUCCAAAAGGAGUGUCUAAAGCCCAGGGUAACUCCUGUGGGUGUGACUAACAGAAGAGUGUGCUUUAAGUGUUGUUUAGCAUUCAUGUUUUGUUCUGUGUGUGUGUGUGUGUGUGUGUGUGUGUGUGUGUGUGUGUGUGUGUGUGUGUGUGUGUGUGUGUGUGUGUGUGUGUGUGUGUGUGUAACCUCUGGUGUUGUAAUUGUGCACCCUCUUACGUCAACCAGUCUUUGUCAGUGUAAAAAUAACCUUCCUGUUUAUCUGUGUUUGUUGGAUACCUAACAGCCUGUGAAGUGUGCUGACUGUUUCAAAUAAAUGUUGCAUGGAGAAAAGUC